AUGAUUAAUGUGUCGUAUUGUAUUGGAUUGGAGGAUUUGUUGAAAAUUAAACCAUCAACAUAUGUUUUUGGAUCGGAUCAAAUUUUGGAAGAUGCUAAUUGUACAAUUGCCUCAAUAGAGCAAAAUAAUAAUGAAAAGAUUUUCCCAAUACUUAAGGAAUUGGUUUCUAAACAAUUCUUUAAAAUUUUCAAAGUUGACCUUUCUAGUCCUUGUCCCUUCUGGGCAAUGAAAAAAGUAUGCACAGGAAAAGGUGGAUGUUCUGUUUGUGAAUGUGAUGAAAAUGAAAUACCAAUAUCUUGGAAAAAAUCAACACCUAUACUUACGGAUAAGGUGAAUAAGUUUUUGGGGUUGAGUUCUCAAGGAAAAAAGGUACAAAAGUGGCAAGAUGAGGAUAUUGAUUGUUGGACAAAGAAAGAAGGAGAUGGAGCAAAGCUUACAUAUAUUAAUCUUUUGAGGAAUCCAGAAACUAGAACAGGAUAUUCUGGUGAGGAAGCUUCCAGAGUUUGGAACGCUAUUUAUGGAGUUAACUGUUUUGUGAAUAGAAAUUUAAAUGACAUGUGCUUUGAGGAACGAGUUUUUUACAAAUUAAUUUCAGGACUCCACAUCUCCAUCACAAUGAAAAUCGCCAGAUAUUACACUCUCAAGUUUGGUCAUGAUGAGAAUCCAACCUAUGAUUCCUACACUCCUAACUAUGAAAUGUUUGAAAAGGCUAUUUUGCCAUUCCCUGAUCGUGUAAAGAAUUUAUAUUUUUUGUACACUUUUACUUUGAGAGCCCUUCAAAAGGCAGCACCAUUCUUAAAGUCAUACAAUUUUAAUACUGAAAAUGAAAUGGAAGAUUUGGAAACUUCAGCCUUAAUGUCCAAACUCUUGGAAAACAAAAUGUGUGGAAUUGCUUUUGAUGAAAAACAAAUGUUCAAGAGUGAAGAAAUGGCUGAUUUGAGAACUCAAAUGAAGGCAUCAUUUAGAAAUAUUUCCUCAAUUAUGGAUUGUGUUGCAUGUGAAAAAUGCAAAAUGUGGGCUAAAUUAGAUGUUUUGGGAUUGGCCACUGCUCUCAAGAUUAAUUUGGAUGGUGAUCAUGUCUUCCACACAUUGCAAAGAAAUGAAAUUGUUGCCUUGAUCAACUCAUUCAAACAACACUCUCAAUCCAUCUAUAAUUAUCAUGAAAUGAUUACCUAUCACAAUAGAAAACAAUACGCACCUCUCAUAGCUGUUGUUUAUGGCGCAAUUGUUGGUAUUGCUGUUUUAUUGUUGGGCGUCAGUUUCUUUAGAAAACAAAAACCAGAAGAAAAUAAAGAGAAAAAGGAUUAA